AAUAUUCCAUAGCGAUUUCAGAGGACAGCUGACAUUUGUCUGUAAGGUUCCAAUCUAAAAAAUUAUCUUUUUCAAAAUAAGUUACUUUAAAGUAGGAGUCUCCACUCUUCAGUAAGUCAAAAAUACCCUGAUAUCUGAACGCGGAUGAAUGGAGGACUCGGCUUUCUGAGCCGCCAAGCGACCCCUAUAGGAAGACGCCUGUUGGGUUACAUGAAUCAUGCAUCUUCCAGCUCUUAGUUGUUGAACUUAUGCGCACUGAAUGGGGUUUUCACAAGAAUAUCCGCCCACUGAAGCGCGACACACAUUCUGCACGUUCCACAUGCGCCGCAGGUGCUCUGCGCUCCGGUCCUCUCGCGCUCAUGGACCCUCACACAGUCACAGAGAGACUAUAAAGCCCACUUACAGCCCGUCUGCUGCCUGCCUGGGACAUUGUUUACACGUCUGUUGAGGGAUAUUAGGCUGCUUUGAAAAACUGUCGUUAGUUUUGAAUGCAACGAGCUCAAGACAGAAUGCCAUUUCUUCAGCACGCGCUGGACUCGCAGUUGGAGAGUUUGGCUUUAGAGCAAGUGGCCCCGGCUCUGUUGGACCAAGGCUUCUUUUAUGUGGAUCAUUUUCUGGGGGACAUCGCGGGGCAUAUGGUUCUGGGUCAGGUCAAACGCAUGCAUUCCUGUGGGCUUCUCAACGACGGCCAGCUGGCCAGAAGAAGCAAUGGAGUUUGCAGAAGAAGCAUCAGAGGAGAUAAAAUAACAUGGGUUAACGGGACCGAGAGCGGCACGGAGGCUGUCAACUUCUUAUUAACACUCAUAGACAAACUUAUUUCUCUGUGUAUGGGUCGACUGGGCAAAAGUAUUCGCGCGAGGUCAAAGGCGAUGGUGGCGUGUUAUCCAGGAAAUGGAGCAGGAUAUGUGAAACAUGUAGAUAACCCUAAUGCAGACGGCCGCUGCGUCACCUGUAUUUACUAUCUGAAUAAAAACUGGAAUGCGAAGGAGCAUGGCGGAUUGCUAAGGAUCUUUCCUGAAGGAAAACCUUACGUAGCCGACAUCGAGCCUUUAUUUGAUCGACUUUUGAUUUUCUGGUCAGAUCGUAGAAACCCUCAUGAAGUUCAGCCGUCGUAUGCUACAAGGUAUGCAAUCACUGUGUGGUACUUUGAUUCAGAGGAAAGAGCUGAAGCAAAACGAAAAUUCAGAGAUCUGCCAGCUAACUCACAGGAAGGUUCAUCAUCUUAACAGAAAUACACUGGCCUGUCUCCUCCGACAGGGUUUCUUUGUCUACUUAGCUUUUUUCCCCUCUAUUUUUACAUUGCUUGUUGCACUAAUGGUACCCUCUCCCCCCACUUUGUAUUUGUGAUUUACUAUGUUUGAAUACGUUUCUUAAAAUAAGUGAAGAGUCGUUUGAGUAACCCGCUGCUAAUGUAAAGACAAUUUUGUAAAAAAUGUUGAGAAUCUUAAUACUGAUAACGGAUUAUUAGAUGUUUAUUAUAAUAAAAUUGUUCUUUAAAAAAAAAAAAAAAAAACUUUUCAGAGCUAUAUUGUCUAGAUGUGUAAAAAGACUAGAUAAGAAGCAUAUAUAAAUAAAACACUAUUUUUUUUUCUCAAAUAUGUCAACAAGCAUUAUGAAUAUUUUCUUUUAUAUGCACGUUUUUGCUGUUUUGUAUGUUUUGGCACAUAUUUUAUCAUUCUUUGUUUAAUGAACACUUCAUUAGAAAGGAAAUUUGAAACUUGUCAGUGGACUUGAAGUUGUGUGUGUGUGUGUAUAUAUAUACAGAGGUUUUAUUAUUUUUGAACGACUCUUUCAUAUAGAGAUGUUUAUAAAAGUCAUUCUGUACUGUGUUCACAAACCUUUAAAAAGCACUUGGUUGGAUGAUAUUGCUUUAUUUGUUCAGUCCUUGCGUUGGUUAAUGUUUGAUGAGAGACCUGAAUCAGCUUGCAUGCAGGUCAGCAAUGCUGCUCAACCACACCCUCGCAUCAAUAUCAUUUGACAGCUGUUUCAUAACAUUUUGAGUUUCGUAAAAUGUUUCUUUAACAAAAGUUGUUCUAGAGAAAAAUACUGAAACAUGUUAACAGGUUGGUUCAUGUACUGUACACAAAUCGAGAUUUACAACUAUUUGAAAUGGCCAAAUUAAACAAUGUGUUAAAAUGUUUUCAGUUGUCCCAUUGUUUAUAUUACU